GUAGCCACCGGGACGCGUGCAGGACAGACAGACAGAGAGAGAGAGAGAGAGAGAGAGAGAGAGAGAGAGAGAGAGAAAAGAGGGAGUGAUAGAGGAGAGAGAGAGAGAGAGAGAGAGGCGUACAAGUGAGUAGCGCGCACCACCGGAAUUUCCAUUAGGAUUUCCGAGCUGAAGGAACACGAGCUGGAGUGAGUGAGUUUCUCCACUAGGAAGACUCGUGUGGGACUUUAUGUGUGGACUCGGCCCCAGACUGACCCCCAUGCUUGAUGAGAGCUGACCCCUGUGUAACGAUGAGCGCGCUGGUGUUCAGCAAGCUGGACGAGCGUCUGAGCUUCGAGGAGAGCGGAAAAGCCGUCGAGAGGAAGAGUCUGAGCUAUCUCGAGGUGCUCAGUGGACAACAUGCAGAUUCUCUGACCCAGAGGAUGGACGGACCUUUGCAGCACCGGAGACAGAGUGGAGGGAAGGUGCGGCACAAGCGUCAGGCUCUACAGGACAUGGCCAGGCCUCUCAAGCAGUGGCUGUAUAAACACAGAGACAACCCGUAUCCCACCAAAACCGAGAAGAUCCUGCUCGCCCUCGGCUCCCACAUGACCCUGGUUCAGGUGUCCAACUGGUUUGCGAACGCACGCCGCAGGCUGAAGAACACGGUGCGACAACCCGAUCUGAGCUGGGCUUUACGCAUCAAACUGUACAACAAAUACGUCCAGGGCAAUGCGGAGAGACUGAGCAUCAGCAGUGAGGACUCGGCUUCUGAAGAUGGUGAGAACCCUCUCCAGCUGCAGCCCAGUGAAUCCGAGUCCAGCCAGCCCACACACAAGAGCGUGAUCCAGGAGAGCCGGGGCCUCGAUUACGUCUCGCCGCCAAAGUACAAGAGCAGUUUGCUGAACCGCUACCUCAACGAUUCCCUGCGGCAUGUCAUGGCCUCCAACGCAGACUCGCGCAAGAGGAACCACUCGGGAUCAUUCAGCUCCAACGAGUACGACGACGAGCUGCUGUCGCCCUCGUUGUCCGAAACCGAGGCCAAUUUCACCUACCGCACAGAAUCCAUGGACUGUGGCUCCCAGUUCCACGAUCGGUGCAACCCCAAAGGAGGCCUACGAGGGAAAAGCGCCACGUACUGGAACGAGCUUCAUGCUGCCAUGGCCCUGACGAACCUGGCUCAGAGCGAGGAGGCGAUGCCAACAGGUACCACCAGCUGCAUCAUCCAGAAAUCCUCGCACAUAGCCGAGAUAAAAACUGUCAAAGUUCCCAUCGCUGCUCCUCCUCAGUAGGACUCAGCCGAGCCUGAGGUUUCGAGGUCUGAGAUAUUCAACAAGACACGUUUCUCAAGACUUCUACGUGGAUGUUCGUGUUUUUUUUUUUUCCGGCAACGAUCGAUUGCAGUGUUUGAUAAACAGACGCGAUUUGGCGAUCCUGGAUGUUUCACCGACGUGCCUGAUUACGACUAAUGACAUCCAGACCGUACACCGACAACAACAGGAAGCUGUGUGUCAUGGAUCGAAGUUUGGUUCAGACUGUUAAAGCCACCGAAUUUCUAUAUCGUAUAUUGCAAUAUCUUUUUUCGUUUGGAACCCUUUUUCGCAUUACUCAGACCAGUCUGGUUGAAAUGUAAUAUAUUCACAUCAUCUGUAUGGACAAAAGUAUUGGGACACCAGAGUUUUCCAGUCGUACGUGCUUCUUUCUCAACGUGUUACCGCAAAUUUGGAGGCACAAAAAUUCGACAGGAUGCAAUCCAAACCUGUUCGAGCGCGACGAUGCCCCUGUGCACAAAGCCAGCUUCAUUAAGUUUUACAUGGGUUGAUGUAGAAGAUCUCCUGCGUUAGAGCUCAAAAACUUUUGAGAUGAAUGUGAACUCUGACUGCACCCCAGGCCUCCUCACCUUCUCACCUACAUCAGUACCUGACUUUACUCACACCCCUUGUGAAUGAUAUCUCACAAAUCUCCACAUAAUCUAGGGGAACAUCUUGGAUUGGACAUUGAGUUGAGAAUUGUUUAUUAGUAAAUGGGGAAUAAAUGUGGAAAAAAAAAGCACAAAGGAAUCUUAUGCUCAGGUGUCCACAAACUUUUGUUCAUAUAGUGGACAUGUUUACCAGUUUUCCUAAGUUAAGUGUAAAGUUUACCGAGGCAGGAUUAUCAUCCCACGAUUAUUUCUCAGUUGUUUGUCAUUAUUAUUAUUAUUAUUAUUAUUAUUAUUAUUAUUAUUAUUAUUAUUAUAUAAGUGUGACCAUACUAAUGUCUCCUUGUGUUGUGUAUCUGAUAUGCGAUGAGCUCUAGGGGAAAUAACAUUCAUAUAAAUAAAUAAAUAAAUAUAUAUAUAUACA